AUGGCGAACGAGCCCGAGAUGGGAGUCCCAGAAGUGCACUCGGGGAAAGAGAGCAUGGUCAUACUCGAGCCUUAUGCGGGUUUACUUACAGAAGUUAACGCAUUACAGUGUUCACCGUGCACGAGUAUGGAUGGUGUAUCCGAUGCGACACGAUCCACCGUGGAUCUGAAAUAUGACAAAAGAGUGAUCAACGUUGGAGAUAUGAUACCAUUGAUGAUUACAACUCGUGAUUAUGCUGGAAACUUCAAAAGAGUUGGGGGAGACUUUCUCAAGAUAUUCUUAUGUAACGACCAUAUGAGAUCUGCAAUACGAGGGAGGGUAAUAGACCACGGGAACGGAACAUACACGGCUGAGGUUGAGGCUGCUUGGAGCGGAAAGUCCGAGGUCAUUGUGACACUUUCUUAUCCCAGGGAGGCGAUCACCGCGAUGUACCGAACAAGAAAAGAGAUGGUUUCGCUUGAAUAUAUUUAUGCUGGAUUUCAAAAUGGCAAUAUGUCAGAAGAAACCAUAUGCCAUCCAUACCUCUCUGCGUUUGAAAAAGGCCUCAACUAUUCGGAAGUAUGUAAUCUUACAUAUGAGAACUCGGGAAUGCCUUGGUAUUGCGGAAAGCCACGCAACAUAUACUUGCUAUGUGAAGACUGGUAUUAUUCGCACGUUAGUCAGGGGCUUCUUAUACCUCUGACGGAAGUCGAACGCGAGCUUCUUAACAGGGGGCCUGUAAACUUUACACAAAGUGUGAAAGUGUUUGUACAGUCAGACGAGUCGGGUGGCAACACAUUUCAAGCAUCAAUUCGGCCCUGUGGUAACGGUAACAGUCGUUUGUCAUGGAGCCCUCCUCAGCCAACCGGCUUCGUCUACAAUGGAGAAUGGAGGUCUCGAUUAUGUCGAUGUACGCUGUCGUGA